ACGCCAUAUUUCCCGCACAAAGCCACUCUCCAGUCCCCAUACCCCUACUGAGACAGAAGAAAAACAAAAUGCACUUCAAUUUCUGAACCCUAAUUCCGCAAAUCCCCAAAUUAUUUUCCCUGUUUCCCUAAAUUUCCCCACUCUCUCUCUCUCUCUCUCUCUCUCUCUCUCUCUCUCUCGCAAGAAUGGCAUCCGAGGUUCCCGACGAGCCACCUUGCAACACGCAGGAAACGGACGAAGAAACCAUCGCCUUGAGGAAGAAACGGUCGCGGCGCGUUAGCUUCGCCGACCGCGAGAUCACCUCCGUCCAUAUUUUCAACCGCGACGACGACUACGAGACCCCGCCGGAUUCCACUCCCAAACCAGCCACUGAACGUGAAAAGGAAUUACUGGGUCUCUUCAGUGAUUUGGUGGAUAGUGACGACUCUAACAGUGGUGAUGGCAAUGAGGAUGAAGACGACGACGUUUUGAGUGUGAGAAAGUCGUUCUUGAGGCCGAUGGAGUCGCCAUCUCCCGGUGGAAGUAGCACAGUUGGAUCUGCUACUUCUAAUGAUGAAGACAACUUCUUUGGACCUGUGUCUGCAAACUUUAUUCGACCUGGAAGGUUAUCUGAUUGUGCUGCUUCAGAUGAUAACCAUGAUAUCACAAUGGAUUCGACAGCAUUUUCGAUGCAUUUUCGUAGCAUUGUGCGAUCAGAGUCAGGAGAUCUCAAUACUUCAACAGGAGUUCCUCUUGCUUCUGAAGAGAAGACACCGUUCCAAGCUACCAUGCCUUCUGAUCCAGAAAGCUUUAUGGUGUUAACAAAUGUGAAGAAGCUAAAGUCUCCGUCACCUGCACCUAUUAAUAAAUUUAGUGGUGGUAGAGAUUCUAAUGACAUGAGUCUUGUUGGAGAAAGCAUGCAUAGGUAUGAUUAUGGGAGGCUCUCUCCCACGUUGGAAGCACUUUUGGCAGAAGGCAGUAAGGAGUUUAAUGCCAUCCCUGCUUCUGAUUCUACCAGUCCAAAGUUAACAAUGAGUGCCAUAUUUCAUGAUAAUGAGAAUGACUGCAUGGAGCCCUCAAAUUCUGGGAAUCCAGAGCUCUGCAAUAGUAAUAAUCAUGAUAUGUCUGGUGAGGGCAUUUCUAUUGCUCAUAACAAACUGGUUGAGGCAACAGGUGAUUCCACAACCACUCUUAUUGAUCAAAUUAUGCGUGACUGCUUGUCAAACACAAAUGAUGGUCCAAUUGUGGAGGAUUUUGUUGAUCAUCAAAUCCAAACUCCUAAUCGGCUGAACAGAGGAAACAAGGAGAUCUCUGAAGUUGUGUCUGGAACAAGUUUGUUGAAUUCUGAGUUCCUUGUUGUUGCUACUGGUACUCCACUGAAUCAGAAUAGUGAAGCUUUUCAGUUAAAUUUGUUGAAACAGUUUGAAUAUGGAAAUCAGCCUCCAACUAGAGAUGGGUUGAAAGAAAAUUCUCCUCAGGAUCAAAGACAUACUUCUAAUGUUGGUCAUGCUUCUAGUCAACCACAUGGGUCUCCAUUAGCAGGGUCCAUACACUCAAUAUCUGCUACAAGACAACAAAUUCUUCUGGGUACUCCAAGUUCACCGAGACGUGCACUAUUUGUUACUCCUUCAACAAAACAAUCAGGUUCUGUUUUGAGUAAGGGAAGCAUAAAACAAGGUGAGAGUGUGCCAUCCAUUCUGAAAAGUAAUUCCGAGUUAAAAUUUCUGGAGCCUUCUCCCUGUGCUUCUGCUUUUAAUAAUGGAGCUGUAAAGUCAAAAUGCAGAUUAUCAGAGUCCCCUUCUUCAAGAGCUUGUUCAUUCAAUACAAUUAUGGAGGAAAUGAAUGAGGGUCUUCAGUGCCAACAGGCAACUGCCCCCACUAAUAAUCUAGAGGAGCAGUUGUCUGGUGUUGGUCUGAAGCAGGGGGAGGUGGAUUGCAAUGGUCUUGGAACUCCAAAAAACAUCAGUAGGUUGAGCCAAGAUGGAGGGACCACAGGACAUGCGAAAGAUAAAGAACAUAAUGACAAUUCUACUGAAAUAUUGGCCAAAUUUACCUCACCAUCUAAUUUUUCUCACUCAGGAAAGAAAGUGAUGCAUCAUUCUUUGAUAUCAGUAGACUCUGUAGAUGGGACGUUAGUAGCUUCUACAUUUAAUUCCUCACCAACGGAGAUCACUCUUGACAUUAGCCAAGAUAAGGGAGAUACUGAUAUGCUUUAUAAGCUUGUUUCUCCUCUGGUGAACAGGUUAAAUGGGAAGUUGUCAUCACCAACAGAACAUAAAGGUAGUCUGUUGGGCAAUUUAAAGCUUCAUGAUCAGAAUAAUAACGCCAUUAUUGUUUCCAGGCGAGAGUGCAACUCAGUAGAAACAGUUCUUAGCAGUAGCAAUUUAACUGCAACAUGUGAAAACAGAACACAGUCCAGCUCACCGCUUAUUAAGGUUAACCGUUUAACAGACUCUUUGCAGAAUACUUCUGAAACCUCGAAGAACUUCCCCGAUGGGGUUGCCCUGAAAUUGCAGUCAGGAAGCCCAGAAAAAAACAUCCAGACUGCAGUUGAAAUAAACCGGCCCAGCAAAUAUUUUAUUGGGGAACAGAUGAAAGUUUCUUCUGCUUUUGUUUCCCCAGAUGCACAUGGAAGUAAAAAUGAGCUGUUGCCUGAAAAGAGCCCCUCCAAAAAGAAGCAAAUUCAGAGUCCCACUUCAAAACAGCCAAAUUUAAGCUCCUGUGUGAAAGAAAUGCAUAGUGCAUUACAUGGUGAUAAUAUGCAACUCUCUGUUGCAAAAGAUGUGGUAUCUAUUAACUGCAGUUCAACUGUACAAAGGAUCGAUGACUGUCAUCAAAGAUAUACACAGAAUCCAAGUCCUGUCCAAGACAUUCAGAACUCUUCAAAAAGAAAAAGGACAAGUGAAGAAGUAGCUAUUGUAGAUGUACACUGUGCAGAUAAAAAUAACUGUAUCCAGCAGAGUCCAAAAUUUCAUAAAGUUGAAGAGAAUAACAGGGAGCAUAUGUCUGAAUAUUUGAAUGGAAGUAACGUAGAAAAUGAAAGGACUGAAGGUGGCAAAACAUUGAUGAAUUGGACUGAUAUUUAUCUCAAACUAUCGGCAGCUACCAAUCAGCUACUGUCUCCAUGUUUUGAUAAACUAAAUGUAAAAAUGAUAAACAUGUUGGAAGAUAAAUUGCUUCAUCAGCAGAAGGUUAAUAAAUUAGAGAUGCUUUGCUCAGAAAUCCAGUCUCAGCUACGCUCACAGGCAUAUCAUGAAUCCAGCAAUAUUUUGCUUAAGAGAGUAGCUGAAACAAGACCAUUGCUCAACAGAAUAGUCUAUGAAAAGGCUAAAUUGCAGUUGAUGCAUGUGAAGCGUGAAAGAUUGCUGAAAGAGGUACAGUUACUGAGAACUGGAGUUUGGGAGUCUCAAAUGUUGAAGUUAAAUUGGGUCAAGCAUCCAUCUGUUUCUGCUGAAAAAGACACUCAACUUGGUGAUAAUUCAUCUUCAGUUACAUUUAGAAACAACCUUGAGGGAGUGAGUGAUAAAGUCACCACAAUGAAGCAUGAGGAUGAAGCUCUGGAGAAGAAAAUAAAAAAUUUAACCAAGUCUUUUCACGUUUACUGCAAGAUAAAGGGAGAACUGAGUUGUUCUGAUACUAUUGAAUUAGUCAAUGAUCAUCUAAAGAAGAGAACUUGUUGCAGAUUUAUACGCCAGGAUAUUCAGUUGUGGGAGGUUGAUAAUUUGCAGAACAGGAAUGACCAUCACAAUGUUAUUCUCAACUACCAUGGGUUCAUCUGCCAGAGUCUCACAUUAAAUGCUGGUCCAAAUUCAAGCAUUUUUGUUGCAAACAAAUUGAAUGAUAUAAACAUCAGUAAGAACUUCCCAAACAUGGAUUCUUGCUCUGCAUUUGCUUUUGUCUUUAACCAUGAAUCGACUAAGAAGUAUGUUGGGCCAAAGACUUUGGCACAAGAAACACAAAGAACCAGUUCACUUUUAAGAAAUCUGCUGGAUGUGGUUGAGGAAGUACAGAUAGCACAGUUAGAGAUUAGAAAUCUGACACUAACUAGCUUCCAUUCUCCAUCAGCUAAGCAGCUGGAUUUGCAGCUUGCUUUCAUUGAUUUUGACAGUGGUAUAAAGGUGAUGAUGACUCUUGACGUGACGUGUUUGAACUGCGGGGUUUAUCCUUCAGAGAUAGUACCUUACCAUUUACAGACUCCCACCGUUGGGGCAGAAAACUUACAGCAUCGGCCACUCUCAGCUGAAAUAAAGGUUGCAGUUGGGAACCUUAGAGCUGGAUACUCUAGGGUUAUAAGGCUCUGUAGGUGUGUUUCCCAGGUGGUGCAAUCUUCAGGAAGGGGAUGAGGUUUUUUAACAUCUUAAAAGAAGACAGAAGAAACAUCAACAAUUUGUUGAAGUUCUCUCUCUGUUGCUUGUUUGAGCAUUAUGUCUGUUUCUUUAUGCAAAGGUGACGGCGUGCCUUGAUAUCUUUAGUAAAUGGUAGAUUGGAUUUCUUUCUCAAAUUUGUAGAACAAUUUUUCUGUAAAUAUUUGUAUAAGAGUACCUUAAAGUAGCCACUUUACUUGAAUUCAACGACUUUGAAGUGAAAUGCACUCUAUAAAAACUUAAAAGCUGCCUUCAUUAAAUGCAGGCUAAUCUUUUCAUCUUUUUGUAGUAUUAUUAAUGGUUGAGGACUAACAAAGAUACAGAUAUCCAAGAGCUAAGCCUAGUGCAGGAAUCAGCUUGUUAAUGUUCGAGAAAUAAAUGGUGAUGUUCAUUCUCAGCGUUGUAGAUUGAAGCUUAGCAUUGUGAACAGUUCGGACAGUGUAUUUUUCAGAAAUGCAAUGAGAGCCCUUCCCUGCUAAUAAGGUUAGCUUAUCUUCCUCUGAAGAAGAAAAGUUCCCUAGUAAGAAUUUAAAUUUAGUUGUUGGCGUGUCUAUAUCAUUAUUGUUUGAAACUGUAAAUACAGGACCACCUGA